UUUACGGACUCGAAAGUCGAAAGUUGUUUUUCCCCUUCUAUAAAUCGAGCUUAAAUACUUAUCUUUUUAUUAGAUAUCUGCAAUAAGAUGUAGCUAAUUUUCUCUGAUCGUGAAUUUUGUUUAGAUGGAUUAUCUUUACUAGCGAUCGCCUCAAAAGAUUGGCCUGGUCGCAAAGCAGAGGUCGCAAAGCAGAGGUGUUGUGAGGAAGACUGGCUAAAAUGGCGGCCUCUGCAUGUUAGUAAUUCCAGUUGCUGAUAAAAAUCAGUUUCUAAACCGCUAUAACCGAUCAAAGUCUAAGUUUUUGCUGUAUUAUAUAUUGAGUCGCUAACAGCUAUGAGCGAAAGCUUGGAAAGCGGCUCACCAAGUCCCGAGAUGUCCUCUCAAAUAGCCGCCAACAUGGAGGCCAUAGAGCCAUUACUCACUCUCGCUCUUGGAGCGUCUGAAGAAGUUAACACGAGCGCCAACUCUCGAUGCAACAUUAUAGUCAGCCCUACUUUUCUGCAGAAAAAUGCCGGAGGUGACAGUAUAGCAAAGCCUACAUUUAUUAGAGUCAAUUCAGGGGAAAUAUCGAACUUUUCCCAAAUUCCAAAUUUACAAACAACGAUGACAACCACUGACAGCGUAGCACAACAGGUUCAAGAUAUGAAUCCUGAACGAACCACUAUGGUUGCACUUAACGCUGAGCAACUGCAGUACCUGCAGACCGAAUCGAUAACCAAUGUUGGAAACCCAGAAACUGGAGACGGAGCCCCUCUUCAUAGCUUUGUUGUGAUAGAGCAAUCAGUUUUGGAUCAAAUCAGCGGAUUCUUGAAGAAUUCGGCAGCAUCGGUAACCACAAUGGUAACAACAACAUCCAAUGAAGCUGCUACGAGUACUGUUAGUACUUCAUCUAGCACUGAACACCCAGUUGAAGAAACCACUGAUAAUCAGCCUGUUGAAUCCAGCGGUGACAUUUAUCCAUCUGAGACAGCUAAAAACUGCCAGGCAGAAAUGGCUGUAGCAUCAGCAACUAUAUCUGAUAAUGAACAAACAAAUAAUGCUCCUGAUGAUGACGAUGACUGGAUUGACACGAAAGCUAUGGCACUCAAGCUCACUGAAGAGCUACGGCGGUACCACAUUCCUCAGGCUGUGUUUGCCAAAAAGGUACUCAAUAGAUCACAAGGGACUUUGAGUGAUCUGCUUCGCAAGCCUAAGCCCUGGAAUGAAAUGCGUCUUGGGAAAGCUAUAUUCAAAAGGAUGAAAGAGUGGCUGGAAUUACCCGAAGUGAAAAGAAUUCCUCAGCUGCGCAUGGAAGCUGCAAAAGAACUAGACAGUCGGGCAAAACGAUCAAAUUCUGAAAGUGAUGUAGAGGCUGCUCCCUCAAAAAAGAUUCGACGGCAGUUUACAGAGACCCAGAAAAGAACGCUCUUUGCCAUUUUCAAAGAGACUAAAAAACCUACCAAGGAUAUGCAGAAAGCAGUAGCUGAAGAAUUAGGACUAGACUUGAACUCGGUUGCAAACUUCUUUAUGAACGCCAGAAGAAGACACACUGAUGCAUAAUGUAAGUAGAGAUAGGUAAGAUAGUUAGAUACAUGUACAUAGGAAGCCAUUUCCCCUUCCAUUAUCUAUGAAUGUUUUACACCUGUGUGAAAAAAAAAUAGUUUUGCUGACUUUUCUAGCCUAAGCCUGAAAUGUCUUUUUUUUUUCUGAUAAAGGCUAAUGCUAGAAAAAAAAAACUACUCUGUUUUCACACAGGUGUAAAACAUGCCAUUUCAACCAUGUGUUGAGAUUUAUUUCCCUCACUCCACCAUGACAAUGCAGAUCACCUACCGUAGGUAUUCUACAGCUUGCCUGUAGUUUUUCUAGUCAUGUAUUUUAUCUAUUCUCGACCUGGCAAGUCAUGACUGCUGUCUUGUUUUGUGCUUGUUGUGCAAGAGAUGGUGAAUCGCAGAGUUAAUACCUGCAACCAGGCUAAUAUCUAUUUGCCAUUCUUAUAUUACAGGGGAAUAGGUCAAGUUGAUAAACAGACACAUGCCGGGUUGAUUCUAGGGGAAUCAAUUCGACAUGGUGUCAUAGACAUGGGGUGAUGUAAUACUGAAUGAAAGCUAGAAAAUGGCAGGUUUUGGCAAUUCUGCUUCAGGAUUAUCUUAGAGUCACAUCAACAUUGGCCAACAUUGCUGCUGUUUACUUAUCAACUUGACCCUAGCCCCUGUACAACCUAAGAAUGGCGAAUAUGUUAAUAACACUUUGUGCAAUUCAAGUUAAAAUAAUUAUCAAGCUCUCCAUUUUAUCAAAAAAUCUCAAAAUCUAUUUAUUCAAAACCACACAAAAUCCCCAAUUACGAAAGUCAUGUUCUUGAACCAGAAUGAUGAAUAUAAUACACCAAAAACUGUUUGAUUCCUUAUAUUUGAAUAUUCUCGUUCUUCCAAGAAAUGCUACGAUGUGAAUGGAAGAUUGAAGUUUCUGCAAACAUGCACUGGUGAUUGGUUGUAAGACAUGUAUGGCAAAGUACUUACAGUAAAGUUGAACUCACAUAACCAGGGAUAGUUGGGACUGGUUAUUAUCAAUCAUACAAGAAAUCCAUCCAAAGCAACUGAGGUUUUAUAGAAUUAUUAGACUAAGAGGAAAUUAGGCCUGUAUAUACCAGUAUCCCUUUUAUGCAUUCUCUACUGUGUGUCCCAAAAAGCUCAUAUUUUACACGAAGAAUACAGUCAACUCUUAGUAUUAUUGCCACUCUAGUACUAAUAAUACUUUGUCUUGUCCACCUCAUUCCAUGUAGUCUCAUGGUUAGGACUAUAACUUACCAAUGGUUCUUGUGAAUAGUGUAUAAUACAGAGGGAAUAUGUUUCCAUCGUAUCCAAAUGCAUAUUGUCUACAUCAACAAAAUAAUUGAGAUUCAGCCUUAAAUACUCCAUGUGCCCUUUUUAUCCUUCUUUAUAACCUAAUAUACAGUAUCAGGUGAAGAGACCCUUUGGACGUAAAUACUCCAUGUGCCCUUUUCAUCCUUCUUUAUAACCUAAUAUACAAUAUCCUUCUUUAUAACCUAAUAUUCAGGUGAAGAGUCCCUUUGGAAGUUUUUGGAGUGCCCAGUUAAAAAACCUUGGAUCGAAAGCUAAAUCUAAAAACAUCCACCUUUCUAACUGUAAAUUCCAGCAGUUUUCUGAAAUAAUAACAUGAGAUUUGAAUCUGAGUUAUGUAGAUAACUGUUUUGAACGAAGUUUACGGUUUUGUUCAUUAUAUUUAAAAAAAAUAUUAUACGGC